CCUGUUUGCAGUCAAGUGCGGCAGCUUGGUGCGCAACUUUGGACUUUUCCACUCAGACUUGACACGUUUCCACCAAAGCUCUCAUUCAUUCCUUCCUUCCAUCUCGUGUCGACGCCGCAGCCACAACAGCCUGACUGAAGGUGAAUCAUCUUCUCAUCUGCGACAGGUUUGUGGUGGGGGGGACGUGGAUCCAGGGAGGGGGGGGCAGCCCUCCAUCCAGCCCGCCGCCUCCGAGCCGAGGGAAGCCCCCACACACACACGCACACACGCGUUGCGCGCCUUCCAUCACUCUGCCGGGGCUCUCCAAUGUGUGUGUCCGUGCGCGAGAAAGCCCCCGGCUCCGUCCUCAACAGUUGCCACACCGGAGCGGAGAGGAGCGCAGGAGAGCGGAGAGCAGCGGGCUGAGGACGGACUGAGGACGGACUGAGGGACGCACGGACGGACUGAGGGACGCACGGACGCGGAGCUCCGGCCCGGCUCUGCUCCUGACAUGCAGUCGCUCAUCUCUCCGGUGACCAAGGCCAUCCUCGUCGCGCUCUUCAUCUUCGCCAUCCUCCUCAUCCUCUACGUGAUCCUGUGGUACAUUUGCAGAGACGUGGACUGCGACCACGGCAUCUGAGGGUUUCGUGGAAAAAGCAGGGGUGGGUGUUUUGGAUCCCACAGCGGGGCGCACGGAGGAGCCCGCACUGGCCCCGGGUCAACCUUGAUGCCCAGACAAGAUGGCAAGGUUUCCAUAGUGACAGGAGGAGGCAGGGGGAUCGGCUAUGAGGUAGUCCGCCACCUGGCAAGACUGGGGGAUCAUGUUAUCAUAGGUGGGAGGGACGAGCAGGAGGGUCUUGCAGCUGUCAGAGGGAUCUGUGAAGAGAACAAAGAUGCCAAAGUGGAGUUCAGGAAAUUGGACCUAGCUUCUCUGCAGUCUGUCCGUCAGUUUGCUGAGAGCUUCAAGAAGGACGGCCUCCCACUGGAUAUUUUGGUUAAUAAUGCCGGUGUAAUGCUCGUUCCUGAAGGACGUACCCAUGAUGGAUUCGAACAGCACUUUGGAGUGAACUAUCUGGGCCACUUCCUGUUGACCUGGUUACUCCUGGAUACACUGAAGGAUUCUGGGAAGUCUGGUUGCCGCUCCUGUGUGGUCAGCGUUUCAUCAUCAGCCCACUGCAUCGGGGAGAUCAGACUAAAUGACCUAAAUAGUUGCCAGCACUAUUCAGCUCAUGCUGCUUAUUGUCAGAGUAAGCUGGCCCAGCUGCUGUUCAGCUCCCAACUCCACCAGGAGAUGCAGCAAGGAGGUUUCCUGGUGAGUUCACGUGCAGUGGAUCCUGGGAUGGUGGAUACUGCUCUCUACUGCCAUCUAUGGGCACCUCUCCGCUUGGCACAAAGGGUCAUUGCUCGUCUCCUUUUUAGGACACCUGCAGAGGGCGCUGCCACUGUGCUAUCAGCAGUCCUGGAUGGGAGCUGUGAAGGAGGCUACUGGGCCAGCGGGCGCAGGGAGGUGACGACCCCAACGACCUCUGACCUCCAGCUUCAGCCAAGCUUAUGGGAAGUCAGCAUGCAGCUGUUGGGCCUGCAGUAACAGGGGGACUGUACGAUGACCAUCAGAACUAAACUAAACCUAUCUGAAAGCGUCAUGAGAAGACACCAACAUUGAGCCUAUCAGCCACCCUUUUCUCCUCCCUCUUUUUUUUCCCAUUCACACCUCAUGUCCAGGUGUUGGUAGCGCUGCAUCUUGGCAGUGACCACAGCUGGAGUGUGAUGGGUUGUUUGAGGAGUGAAGACCUCUUUUCAGAGAGGAGCUACAGAGGAUGGAAGACAUUUUUUUACUUUUCCCACAGUGAAAAAGCAAACAUGCAGCGUUCACAAUAAGCAGAUGCCCUUCAGUAAGUAAGUUGGUGUCGUUCAACUGACUCCCUGAUCAUGUCCAGUCGUUGAAUGGGGUCCAUAUCCAAACACAGCCCUGACCCGUCCAUAAUUUGACUGGCUAUUCCUCAUCAUAAACAGUAAAUUCAGUCUUUUUCCAGGAAAAGUGAAAAUUCUAUAGAAACAGAUAAAAGUGCUUUUGAACAAUAGCUUAACUUUGGUUGAAUACUUAAAGUAUCCAAAUAGUGCAGUGAUAAACCCUGACAUAUGCGUUCAAACAUUACGAUGUUAUGUGACUCAAACUAUCUUCCUGCUGCAAGCGAGGGGGUUCUGAAUUUAAUGUUUUCAGUGGUGGGUUGUGAACCACUCUUGUUAACUGAUGGUUGUAAUUUGAUAGGAUAAAAAAUGUGAAUUCUACAAUAUUCAAGAUGCCAGUUGUCCACAAUCUGGUCCUCUUUGUUCACCACUCUGCAACAGAAGCUCUUGCUUUGGAGUAAAAAGGAUCUGGGAAGACACUGAAAAAGGAAUUGAUCCCACAUAAAAGAGGGAUUGAAUUUGUGAUAAUUCUCCCUCGUUUUGAGAGUGCUGAGAUGCUCGGUUGUGUGGGAGGAAUUAUGCUGAGAUCCCAGGAUUUCCCAGUACUUCUAGUGGCUUAUAUCUGCGCGCAAACAAAACAGGAGGAUGAGGAAAAGUCCUCCACUUCAUUCUGUCACUGUUUUUCUUUGUAUUCUGUGUUAAUUCCUUUUGCUAUGUCUAUGAUAAGUGAUUUAUGCACAUAAGUAAAUAAUUUAUUCAUAUUACAGCCCCAAUUCAUGCUGAUGGGUAUCAAAAUAAUGGGCCGGAGAGAAAGUGGGGAAAGGCACCUUAUUUUUUUUUUUCCAAGCAUUUAAACUGUGAUUGGUUCCUCAUUGCUGCUGCUAAUGCUCCUUCUACUUGGCAUUGCUCCCAGUGCAUUGUGGGACUGAGAUUUCCCAGUGGUGAGAAUCAAACUCCAUCAGUUGAGCUGACAAACACGCCCACUUGGAAGCGGUACAUGCAGACAAAGACUUGUCCAAACAAGCACACAGCAAACAAACAUGUCUGUCUCCAUUCAGGGAUAUACUCAUAUGUGUGUACAAAUACAAGCUGCGCCAUAACACCAUCGCCACUGUGAUUACUGCGUUUUGGCUGUGAGGAUAAAAUAUCCCUCUCGAAUUGACAAGUUUAAGCUAAAUUUGCUUACCACAAGUCAUUACGUGCUUAUGGUCAUCUGAAAACUGCCACUGAGCGUCCAGCCUUUUUACUUAUCCGCUGUAUGUGAAGCAAUAGUAUCACUGUGGUAGCUAAUUUAGUCCAAGUGUGAAGGUGUACAAAGCAAGAAUUAUACCAGCCUCUAGUUAUCCAUUUAUCAGGAAUUUUAAAUCUCUCUGCAUAGAUGCAGAACGUGUUUAAAGAACAUAUUCUUAGUUUAUAUUGUUUUGAAUGGAUCAAUUCAAAGUUCAUUCACACAUUCAGCAGGGCCUGUGUCAUGUUAGUCAUGCAAUUGAUAAAAACUCCUACAGACCAGACUAAAUCUGCUCCUCCUGUAUCAAACAUGUCAGACAAAAGACAUUUUGAAAUGUAAGAGGGGGGGGCAUUCACAAGCCGAGGCUUCAGCCCUGUCCCUUUGGUCGUGACCUAAGUACAUGCUUGGUGGUGACCAAUACAGUUUUUUUCAUUCAUUCAUUCACUCCUCCCUAAAUGAGAUGACAAACACAAAGAGACUAAAGAUAAAGCUGCAUCCUGCCUCUUCACUCUAAAGACCACUGAAGGAGGUUGGAGGAGCUGGUUGUUUGUCUGCUAUGUGAUGUGGGUACCAGUAGCAGAUCCCCUCAUCACUGGUGCCUGUUAAAUAAAAUUGGCAUCUAAGAACAGAUAGUGCUCCAUUGAACAAUCAACCAACACAUACUGGACAGCAGGAAAACCUAGAAACCCCAAAUCCCCAACUUGUAAAGAUGAUAAUGCACAAGAGGACUUAAUGGACAGAGGAAGUCAGAUUCCCCAACAGCUCAUGACAGUUCCUGUUGUGGAUAUUACAAAUGUUAAUGAUAAAACAUUGUGGCUAUUAUGUCAGGAUUCAUUUGUUCUGAUUUACAGAGGCAUCCAUACUUGCUGUGUUAGUGCAGUGUCUGCUGUCGCUCCUUUGGGACUUUCGAAUGUGUGUACACGUGCCUAGCGGGAUCAGAUCAAAGGCAAGAUUCUUAAAUCAUGCCUUAUAUUUGUUACAACAUCAUGGACUUUAAUAUCACAACAGUUUAAAAUAAAAGUCAUAAUAAUUUAUUCAUGCAGAUGGAUAUGAAUUUGUAUAUUUUUUCCUUAAUUGAUGGCAAAGGGCUCGACAAGAAGCCUGGAGAAAAGAAAAUGUCAAGCACAUGGUAGAUUUUAGGGGAAACCCCUGAUGUUUGGGCCAAACCCUAACCACGUUCUUCAUUCCUAAACCUAACCAGGUCGUUUAGUUGCCCAAAACCAAACCAAUCAACAAGUAAAAGUGUGAAUGAGAGCUGAUGAGAGCCGGGCUGAUGACAAUCCAUGCGUUGCAACUCUUCUACCACAGCCUAAAACUGCAGAUUUCAUCCAUGUUUCAUUAAGAAAAGGUCCUUUUGAGAGAGUUUCACCAUUGUAGAAUUAUGUCUUUGAUCUGCGAGCACAUGCUUGAAUCUUGACUCUGCUUUCACGUCAUCCAAAUCUGGAGAAAACCUUUGUUUGUUGAGGAAGAGUGGGAAAAAAUUCAGACAGAUUCCUUCUUUUAUAUAUAUAUGAGCUUAUUUUACAAUAACUUAUCGAGUUGCAAUCACUUAAUUACUGUUGUGUUGAUGUGAGCUCAUGUUCCAGGUGAGAGCUUGAUCAUUACUUUCACUCUGAUAUGAUUCUAAUGCACCAGAAUUUAGAAAUAAAUGUCACUGCUUCUAGUUAUUGAAUUUGAAAACAUCACCCAGCGAGUUUGUGGAUUCUUUUGUCCUAGAUAUUUAGUAUAUGUGUGGGAAGUGACUCUCAAAUGCCAGCAAUAUUUCUCAGUUUGUGACUGAGUUUUCUUUUCUUUUUUUUUGCCUUCUCAGAGUUGUCACAGUACUUGGAAACACGUCUCUGUACUCGUCCAUCGUCCCUGUGCGUCCUUGUUCGAGCUUCUCUAAAGCGCUGACUUAAUGACGAACUCUUAAACCUGUUCCCUCCGAAACAAAGCGUUUGGUUUGACAGAAAUAAAAACACCAGCUUUACUUACUCAGCAGCGCUCGCAUUAAGGGCGCAAAGCUUCAACGUGUGCUACAUCCCGUCAAAAAGAGCUAUCGUGUUUUUCUUAGUUCAGCUGCUGUUUAAGCCUGAGAGGGACAUCGCACGCCGCCUCCAUCCGAACACGAGGGUUUCCAAAGAGCAUGUUCUCGCGUUGACUUGCAGACGUGGACUCAGAUGGAACAUUACAGCAAACCUUCUGAAUCUGAAUUGCAAAUAUUUAAAAAACGCUGGAAAAAAAAAGAGCUAAAACAGCUCAAGUAACUGUCUGUGAUAUUAUCUGUCUGUGAUUUAAUAGUGUACGAUCAUUUCAGAGCGUGGGAGGAGAUGGAAAACGCUCGUAUAGCCAUUCCUCUGACUGACCUGGGAUUCCAUUUAUAUUAAAUGUCCGAGUCCCACGUUGUGCAAAAUCCCAAAUGUGUGUAUAUAUAUAUGUAGGUAAAUAUGAAUAAAUAAGAGCUGAUAUUAAGAUCUAUGUUUAAAGGGGUAACUAACAUGCGUGCAUCUCACAACACUUGUUCCUUUAAUGAUGUUCCUGCAUCUGUUCCCUUGUGACGACUCAGUUCAUUGAGACCCCUGAGAAUUUCAGGAAUGUGUAAAAUAUUUUACUUUUCUUCAUUAUUUUAUUGUUGUUGAUACACAUUGUUUUUUGUUGUGCCAAAGGAAGAAAAAAACUAAACAAAAAACAACUCCCUCAUGUGUGUAACUGUGACCUUUUUAAUGUAAAAAUGGAGUCGUAGAAACUGUGAACCUGUCUUGUCCCGUGCAUUGCCGUGAGAUUUCUUUCUCUUGUAAGACUGAUGGGACCGGGCGUGAGGAAUGUGUGCGCGUGAGAGUGACUGUGCGUGUUCAGAUAAGGUAAUUGAUGUCGAGGAUUUCUGUCAAUGGUUGUUAACAUUCCAGCUGCAGCACCACCUUUUCUAUUAUCCAAAGCCUCUCAAUAAACAUAUCAUU